AUGACCUCAGGUGCGCAAGCUCUACAAUGCGAGAAAUUUACCAAGACUAUCCUGCCCAAACAUUUCAAACACAGCAAUUUCGCCAGUUUUGUGCGACAGCUCAACAAGUAUGAUUUUCACAAAGUGAGACAAAACAACGAAGAGAAUGGACAGUCCCCAUACGGUCAGAAUGCAUGGGAGUUCAAACACCCCGAGUUUCGCGCCAACAGCAAGGAAUCCCUCGACAACAUUCGUCGCAAGGCCCCCGCCCCGCGCAAGCAGGCCCAAAAUAAUGACGACUCCGUCCCCACGCAGCAGAUUGACCUGUUGAACCAGCAGGUUCUGGCGCAACAGCAACAGAUCCAACAGCUGCACGACCGUUUCGCUCAAAUGACCGUCGACCACCAGAUCAUGCUGCAGGAGGUCAUGAGAGUGCAGAAAACAGUCCUCAAUCACGAGAACGUCAUCCAUCAGGUUAUGAACUACCUUCUGUCCGUCGAUGCCCGCCAGCGCCGCGACAGCAAGUCCACCGCCCCUUUCCCAGCGCAGGGUCAAGGGGGCUCAACCCUUAGCCCUUCCCAAGUCGCCUCCAUGGAUGAUGAGCCGUCGUCUCCCUUACAGCAUGCGUCCAAGCUUCUCAAUGAUAUGAAUGCCGAAAUCCAGUUCAACUUGACCAGCCUCGAUACCCUCGGGGAGGGCCCUAAGACCGCGCCGGUGGUGUCGACCCCAGCACCCAUGGACGCCGCUGCGCGAAAUGGCAUGGUGCGUCCGCCCACCGCGGCGGGCGCUCCCCCGAAUCCAGCCCUCGUAUAUCCGAAGGUGAAUGGCGAGAUCGAACCGGUGGUGUAUCCGGUGGGCGCAACAAACGGAAUCGAUCCGAUGUACCCAGAUCAUGUGAACAAUGUGCCGUAUCCGAUGCCACCGAAGCAGGAGGUGGACGAUACUCGUCGUCAGUUCCCGGACAACCGCAAAAAGAGCGCCAAUGUUGACCCGGGAUGGAUGCGCAGCCCUCAUAUCUUGCUGGUGGAGGACGACGCUACCUGUCGGCAAAUUGGUGGAAAAUUCCUUUAUUCUUUCUCUUGUGUUAUUGAUACUGCGUUCGAUGGAUUGGAGGCCGUCAACAAGAUUCAAGAUGGCUCCAAGUAUGACCUUAUUCUAAUGGACAUUAUUAUGCCAAAUCUGGAUGGUGUCUCUGCCUGUCAUCUUAUUCGCCAAUUCGACCGAACUCCCAUCAUUGCCAUGACAUCCAAUAUUCGAAGCGAUGAUAUCCAACUUUACUUCCAACACGGAAUGGAUGAUGUGCUUCCCAAACCGUUUACCCGCAAGAGUCUACUCGACAUGCUGGAGAAACACCUCGUUCAUCUGAAAACCAGCUCACAGAGCAUAGACGCGUCGCAACCACCUACGGCGGUUACCAUGGCUGCUCAAAGCUCAGCAGCCCAGUCGGUCAAGGAAGACAGCUCGCCUGGCCAAUCGCCGGCUAAUUCGAUGAAUAACUGGCAGUCUCCCGGCCAGUUCCAGGGCAUGUCUGCCGUUCCCCCCAAUCUACAGCAAGUUCCCACACAGUAUGUGCCGGCGACGCCAGCGGCAGUUGCUGCAUAUGCUGUGGAUCAAAAUGGGGUCCAGUACUCCACGGCUGCCCCAGUCGCAAUGGCUGCCGCUGCGCGCCCGCAAAUGCGGCGCCAGAUCUCGGAAAUGUCCAGCGCCGCCGAGAACCCCAACAUGGCGAAGCGGCCGCGUGUGUACGCGCAGCCGAUGGUCAACCCGGUCCAGGCCGCCCGGACCGGGUAG